AAUGUGAACUGUACCAAAUUCCCCCUCAUAAAUUCUUGACUUUUCUUCUCUUCUCUCCAAAUUCCGUUGCAUCCAUCCAGCUAGCUACUCUAUUCUUACUUCUCUUUCUCUCUUUCCCAUAUUCUCUCCUUUUUUUAUUCCUUUUACUCCUACUACCACCGCCCAAACCGUGUUUCAACACCUCAAACUCCUACACACAAAUAAAAUACACUCUAAAACCCACCCUCAUACAAUACAAUCAUAGAUCUCUCUCUUCUCUAUCGAAGUUCAAUAACCCCAACCGACACACAACUACCACAAAUCAAAUUAUGCAAUCUACUAGUAUUCCCCAACCAAAACCAACAUUCCAAUUCUUAACUCUCAUACUAGUAUUCUUCUUCUUCUUCUUCGUACCAUGUCUAUCAUCCACCUUGACAACCAUUACCCAUCAAUUCAAAGAAGCUCCAGAAUUCUACAAUUCCCCAGAAUGCCCCUCCAUUACCGACACUUCCUCCUACAUAUGUUCCGACACAAACAAAACAAUAGUUCACGUCGCAAUGACACUCGACACAACAUACAUCCGUGGAUCCAUGGCAGCAAUCCUUUCAAUCCUUCAACACUCUUCCUGCCCACAAAAUAUUUUCUUCCACUUCGUUUGUUCCUCCAACGCGUCACUCCUACGCGCCGCAAUCACAACCUCAUUCCCUUACCUUAAAUUCCAUCUCUACACUUUCAACGACUCCACUGUCUCAGGUCUCAUCUCAACCUCAAUUCGUUCCGCUCUCGAUUGUCCUCUCAACUACGCUCGUAGUUACUUACCAAAUCUAUUGCCGUUUUGUGUCACCCGUGUCGUUUACCUUGACUCAGACCUUAUACUCGUAGACGACAUUGCAAAAUUAGCAGCAACCUCGUUAGGAGAAAACUCUGUGUUAGCAGCACCUGAAUACUGCAACGCGAAUUUCACUUCUUAUUUCACUCCAUCAUUUUGGUCUAAUCCUUCUCUGUCUCUAACAUUUGCGAAUAGAAAACCGUGUUAUUUUAACACGGGUGUGAUGGUGAUUGAUUUGGGAAGGUGGAGAGAAGGGGAAUAUACAGCGAAGAUUGAGGAUUGGAUGGAACUUCAGAAGAGGAUGAGAAUCUAUGAAUUAGGUUCUUUGCCGCCAUUUUUGCUUGUUUUUGCUGGGGAAAUUGCUUCCGUGGAUCAUAGAUGGAAUCAACAUGGACUUGGUGGUGAUAAUUUUCGUGGUCUUUGUAGAGAUCUUCAUCCUGGUCCUGUUAGUUUGUUGCAUUGGAGUGGGAAAGGUAAACCUUGGGUUAGAUUGGAUGCUAAUAGACCUUGUCCCUUGGAUGCUCUUUGGGCACCUUAUGAUUUAUUACAAACUCCUUUUUCCCUUGAUUCUUGAUCAAACUUCAAUUCCUUAUACUCCUAUAGUAAAGGAAGAUGUAUUUGAUCGUUUGUUUAAGAUAUGUUAAGUUUUCAAAUAUAUCUUUUUGUUUAUACAUAUAUAUACAUGUAGUUAUAUACAAUUGGACCAUUCUCUCUCGAGCUUUCUCAUUCACACGGAUUUGAAUUUUGAAGCAAAUGUUAGGUGAAGAGGAGAAGCUGACAACUGAGAUUCCUGAUUUUUUGCAAUGACAGUUACUUGAUUGUUCUGUUAUUUUAUUGUGUUAAAUAAUUGUGCAUAUCAAAAUAGUAUUUGUAAUUUGAAUGCUUGAAUUCAUGAUUCAUCAACCCAGAACGCAAUAAAUUUCUGUAUAGACUAUAUGUACCUUUUUUCAUCUCUUCUUCUUUA